AUUGGGUCGAUGUUGCCAACGAUCUCUUGAGGAGCUGUCACAUAAACCAGCACAUAAAGCAUCUCUCAGAAUGUGGUGCUGAUGUCUUUGUUCCUCUUUAUGAGUCAAUCUUAGGAGAAAAAGUACCAGAUUUCAUAGCUACUCCUAGAAGCCAAGAGGAUGAUGUUCAUAAUGUGCAAGCAGUAAUAGAUUCCCUGGCAUUGGACUACUUGCAGGUCAGCUUGUCGCACAUCACCGGUGAGAACAUCGUGAAAGGUGACAGGGCAUCUAUCAGAAACCUCCUUGAAGUAUUUGAUGGUUUGUUAGAGUAUCUCACAGAAGAAGCCAGUGAACCUUCUCAGAACGGAGAUGAGGCAAACGUGCUAUCCAACAACGAAGUUCGAGUUGUGUCUCAAGAGCAGCUGGAAAGCAAUGCUGUUCGACUCACACAACCUCCAAUAUUCUCGUCAGCUGAAGGAUCACAGUCAGAAUUUUUUGUUCCAUCUUGUGACGAAGAUGGAUCAGAAUCUACCAGUGAAUUAAUUAGACUUGGAGAUACUGCUCAUUCAUUUUCCAAGAGAGAGGCAGAAUUCCAGUUGCCUGAAUUGUUACCAUCAGGAAGAGGUAAGGGGGUAGAAAAAUCUAAAAACUCAGAGGCUGCUGCAACGUCAUCUAGACAGUUCUCCGAAACAGAAAGGGCCAUUGUAAAGGAAAAGGAAGAUGGAUCCAUGGAGUCUGUUCAUACUACUGAACCUCAAAGAGAGAGCUUAAGUGCCAGUGCUACAAAACUUGGGGAGCCUAUUCAGCAAGCUAUUCCUUUGCUACCACCAUUUCAGCCUUUGAGAGCCAGACCUCAUUAUCCUGGCUGGAGUGAUUAUCAGAGCUCGGAUAGCCAGUCAGCAACUUUGGCUAACAGUGAAGGAAUGAAAGCUCCUAUUCUUGAAAAAUCACUUACCCAAAAAUCUGAAGAUGAUGUUUCUGGUAGUCUUCCUCUGUCAAGGAAAAUCCCUGUGGGAGACGAGGUGGUAUCAGAUGGCGCUGAGGACAACGGGGCAAAGGUUCCUCAGGUGUAUAGGAGUUCUACAUCUGCUUCCUCUUCACACCAAGAACUCUCGCUGUGUGCUGAACAAGUAACACAAACUCCAAGGCCUGAAUUUAGGUAUCUGCCUAGAAAGAAAAGAUACGAAAAUUCUACCACAGAUUCACUGGAAGAGUCUCUUUCCCACGGACCAACAAAGGAAAAGCCAUCUGAGCAAGAGCUUCAUAAAGUGUCAGAAAGUCUCUCUCGCAGGUUCAGUGAACUGGAUUCAAUGUUAAAGAGAGCCUUGGGUGGGCACAGCAGGGAAGACGAGUUGACGGAUGAAGACAGCCUGUCUCAGCACAGCGACAGCGUCAUGGAUUAUCGCCGAAGGAAAGCUGAGCAAGGCACACCACAUCUAAGGUACCCAAGCAGGCCACGAUCCCUUUCUCCAUCUUCCCCCUCAUCUCAGCAUCAACUCUCUUGUGAGCUGGAAGAUAAACCUCCUGAUAAUGGAAUGAGCCAGAUAAGGAAAAUAUGCAGUCGGCUGCAAAACGAAAGGGAGGAAAGAACAAAAAAAGCUAAGAUGGUCGCCAAAGCGUAUGAAAAUGAACUACGAGUUUAUGAGGCCAGGGAGAGGCUUAGGCUUUCCAAGCUCAGAGACGCCAUCAGGGAAAUGGAACAAGGAUACAAAGAAAACAUCUUUAAAGAACCUCCAAAAAUACCUCAGCCAGUGAAAGGUUAUUCCAGAAAAACCACACCUCAGAAUCCCAAAUACAGCCAGUGGAUUCCAAAACGAGGGAUUGCAAAGCCAAAGAAAGCAGCUCCAAUGAAAGUGAGAGAUGAUGACCUCCUAUUUCAGCUACUGGAAGAGUUUCCCCACCUGCAUCUUUCCCAACACACUAUGGAUAAAAUGUGGCAGCAGCAGCUUGCGCUUACUGAACACCUUAAGGCAGCUUCUGGCAGACAGAGAGCAAAGCUCCAAACUGAAGUUCAACAAGCCCUGAAGAAGCAUGAGCUUCUUGUUGCAAUUAUUAAAAAAGAUCAAGACCAUAGCAAGAGACUGCAAGAACUGAAGCAACGUAUCUGCCGCCAGAAACGGGCUCAGAAUAAAGUGAGAGAGAAACACCAGCAACUUGCUCGAGCCAGGAAGUAUUACGAAGAUUACCGGGUUCAGUUGCGUGCCAAGAUGAUGCGGGCUAGGACACGGGAAGAAAGGAUAUUUAAAACCUUAUUUGAAGAAGGCUUAGACAUUCAGAAGCAAAGACUGAAGGACCUGAGAGCAUACGCUCAAGAGAAGCGUGCUGAGCAGAGGAGAGAGCAUCAAAAUGAGCUGGAGUCCAUGGAGAACUAUUACAAAGAUCAGUUUUCCAUGCUAGCAGAGGCUUUAUCUCAAGAACAGCAAGAAAUACAAACCAGGGAGAAAGCACAAGCCCAAAUGCUGCAGAAAACAAAGAGAGAAUUGCGAUCGAGGAUGGAAAAGGAAAUACAGCAACUGCAAGCGGCAAUAAUGCAAAGUGAUGAUGACACCUUUUUUCAAGAACUAGAAGCAGACAGGCUGAAAUCUAGGUUACAGGCGGCUUCCUUCCAGUACAGCAAAAGCCGUUUCUGGUAA